AUGUUUGGAUUUAAAACAACAAAAAAUAAAAAAAGAGUUAGAUUAUUAGUGGUAGCUAUUGGGGUAAUGAUAUUUUUUAUGUGCUUAUCAAAUUUUUCGUCUAUUCAAUCAAGACAAUCCUCAUCAACUGAUACACCACUUCAACAAAAUGGUAAACACCAAGUCAUAAGAGUUUUGGAAACUCAACCAAGUAUAAAUAUAAAUAAUAGUGAAAAUAAUAUAAAUAAUGAAAAUAUAAAUAAUAAUCAAAAUAAUAAUCCAAAUAAUAAUAUGGACAAUAAUAAUAAAAAUAAUAAUAAAAAUAAUAAUAUAGAUAAUAAUAACAAUAAAAAUAAUAAUAAUAAUGAUAAUAUUGAUAAUAAUAUAAAUAAUAAUAAUAAUAAUAAUAACAAUAAUAAUAAUAUAAAUAACAAUAAUAAUAUAAAUAAUAAUAAUAAUAUAGAUAAUACAGAUAAUAAUAUAAAUAAUAAUAUAAAUAAUAAUAAUAUAAAUAUUAAUAAUAAUAAUAAACCUAGUUAUAAAAAACCAGAAAAGAAACCACCAUUAUCAUCUAGUCAAAUUUUUUUUAAUUCUUUACCACCACAUAUUCAAAAACAAGUAGUUAUUAGAGAGAAAUCGAAUUAUGCACAAGCAUUACAAUACGAUUCAUAUGGUAUCGUACCAGCAAAGGAUUUUUUCGAUGGCUUAGAUGCUGUUUUCGAAACAAAACCUAAUUAUAAAAUUUCAACAGUUAGAAAAUUAUUUAAUAUCGAAAAUUUAAAUAGUAAUAAUAAUAAUAAUAAUAAUAAUAAUAAUAAUAAUAAUAAUAAUAAUAAUAAUAAUAAUAAUUAUGAUAUAAAUAAUUAUAAUAAUAUAAAUAUAAAAGAAGAUGAUAAAUUUGAAAAUAAAAAUUACCAAAAUGGUGACAAAAAUAUAAUGUACAGCGAUUAUAAAGGAAUAGAUUAUGGUAAUAAUAAUAAUAUAGAAGAAAUAGAAAGAAUUAAGGAAGAAUUAAAGAUUGAAUUAGAAAAAGAGAAUGUGAAUGAUAUAUUUAAAUAUAGAGUAACCAUUGUAACACAGACUACAGUUGAUAGAUUAUAUAAAGUGGCAGCAAUGGCAGAGAGAUGGAGAUCACCUAUUUCAGUUUCACUUUUUAUAAAAUCUCAAGGUGAUAUAGAUAAAUUGGAAAAAGCAAUCAGUGCCAAUAAGAUAUUGGCUACAUUUGCUGAUUUCCAUUUAUUCUACCAUAACAAUACUCGUUAUCCAGUUAAUAAUUUACGUAAUCUUGCAAUUAGAAAUGCAUUGACCGAACAUGUAUUACUCUUGGAUGUUGAUUUCAUUCCACCCUCUCAUUUACAUGACCACAUUGCUCACUAUAUCAAUUUAAAUUAUUUAAAUCAAGAUGACUCUUUAAAUGCUUUUGUCAUUCCAUCAUUCUCUUCAAAUUUACAACCAAAAGAUAUUCCAGAUUCAAAAUUUGAAUUUAUUGAAAUGUUAACAAAAAAUAAAAUUGAACCAUCAAAUUUAAAAGUAUGUCCAAAAUGUCAUUCUCCAACAGAUUAUACAAGAUGGAUGACAUCAACUGAACCAUAUGCAAUUGAAUAUCAUUGGAUUUAUGAACCAUUUUUAGUUUAUAAUAGAUCUCAAACAUUACCAUUUGAUGAGCGUUUCAAAGGUUAUGGUUUUGAUAAGAAUUCUCAAAUUUUUGGAAUGGCUGCCCAAGGUUUUACAUUUAGUGUAUUACCUGAAGCAUAUAUCGUUCAUAUUAAUCAUCCAACAUCUCGUUGGGACGGUCCAAGUUUAGAUGAUCAACAAUGGGAUUCACUUAGAGUUGUUUGUGAUUUACUUCCAGAAAUUCGUAAAAGAUAUGCAAAAGGUUACAAAGUUGAUAGAUUAUUUGACGAACCAACCACUGAAAAUUGUUAUUCAAAUGACCACUGGUAA